GAGGUGGGCCUGAAGCUGGAGCACGAGCAGAAGCGCUGGGCACCGCCACCCAACGAGUUCCAGUGGGUCUUCGACGGCACCAAGAUCAGGUCCAAGCUGGACCAGAGGAAGUGCGCCAGCGUGCGGGAGGGCAUCAUCACCGACGGCUCCAACAUCAUCAUGUGGAACUGCGGCGAAGGCAAGGAGUUCGGCUGGACAGUCGAUGGCGAUUUCAUCAAGCUCUCCUCGAACCCGCGCUACUGCAUGAGCGUGCGCGAGGGGAAAGCAGGCGACGGUAGUGACAUUAUACUGUGGAAUUGCGCCGACUCAACCGAGUUCAAGUGGAACAUCGAUGAGGCAUCGGGCACCGUGGGGUUCAGGGCGGAUCCGAAGUACAAGCUCUCCGUGCGCGGGGGGAGGC